CUUUUAUGACUUUAUAUUCUGAUUAAAAUAACUUGGGAAGUCAACUUUGAUUAAUCUUCAGAAUCUACGAAGUUUAUAAAUACCAUGUUUGUCAUUGUGGAGAAGAACCCAAUACAAAACUCAAAUCACAAAAAUCUACAAAUCAAUACAUUUAUUCAAGAAAAGAUGGCAAGCAUAUGCGAAGAUCCAGGAAAAAGCUCAUGGCCAGAGCUUUUGGGGGCAAAAGGAGAAGAUGCAAAAGAAGUGAUCGAGAGAGAGAAUCCAAAAAUGAAAGCAGUUAUCAUUUUGGAUGGAACAGUUGUUCCGGAGAUCUUUAUUUGCUCUCGUGUUUACGUUUGGGUCAACGAUUGCGGAAUCGUUGUUCAAAUUCCUAUCAUCGGUUAAUUAUAUUUAUUUAAAAUUUGUUAUGCACUCUACAAUAUAAACACUAUAAAUAAGCUUUUAUUCAUAUUACAGUGAGUAAUGACGAGAUUGUUAUGAUCAUGUGCUUUCUCAUAAAUAAAACUGAAGAUUGUGGUUUGUUUUGUCAGCUCUCAGCUGUGAUUAUAUUAUAUUUUGUAACUAGGAUUAAUGUUUAUCCAUGGCUAUAUUUAUGUUCUACUUCUAACAGUUGUGCUGAUUGAACUUCAUUGAAUGAUUUAUACUGUAUAUAUAUGAACUCCGACCAUUAUUCAGUUAUCA